AUGGUCAAUCUUUUCUACGACACCUCGAUAAACAUAAAUGAAGAAGUCAACCUUGACGUCCAGCAAGAAGAAGAAGAGCCAGUAAGAAUGUUUUUCGCAGCGGAAACUGGAUGCCUUUUUGAAAACGAAACUUCCCAGCACAUCAAUUUUAGUAAAAACAUAACGAAUUUUUGCUAUCCGGAUUGCACCGAGCUGUAUUUCUACGAAACUAUCAAUGAGCUCCUUUUUGAUAGGAUUUUUACAGAGUUACUUUCUAUCGGACCUUAUGGGCCUUACAGAUAUGACAAAGAAAUAGCAAAUUUUUUCAAAGCUCAAUUCGACGAUAGCAUCAUCACAACUAUUCCUGGAAGAGAAUGUCGUAACUCAAAGUGGGGAAUGGCAUUUCGCAAUGGAGAGUUUCCCGAAAAUGAAAAAUCACCCGGCAUCCCAAAUGAAAUAAGCAUUUUCGCAAAAGAAACUUCAGCAGAUUAUCCUCUUGCGAAUAUUACUUUCAAUGUAACGGAGACUCAUAAAUUUCACGAGUUUGAACGGGCGACGACAAACUACUCACUUGGAAUGGAUUCAGAAUAUGAUCUCAAACUCUGUCGACUCAAUCAAGUUUUGGGCAUUUUCUACAAUUUUCUGUAUCCAACAUAUGAAAAUCUGGGAGUUAUUAGCUGUCCACCAACUUCUGUUCUUUGUGGAAAUUCUUAUGUGCUCGAAUUUCGAAGAGAAUGCAAUGAUUUCAUGGACGAGAUAUACAAUAUUCCAGUUGAUUCUACUGUUUUAAAUGUUUCAGAAUAA